AAUAUUCACGAUUUCAUCAUUCAGUGUCCAUUGCUUCAAACAGAAUGAAGGUGCUCGCUUUUACCCUUCUUGCCCUGGUGGCUGCCAGCGCCCAGGCCGGCAAGCUGACCGACAACUUGAUCAAGUUGGUUCCCAGUUUUCCCACUGGCUUUGUCAUCAACGGCACUGAAGCUGAACCCCACGCCGCGCCCUACAUUAUCUCCUUGAGCAGCAAAUUCGAGAAGCACGCGCACAUCUGCGGAGGAACCAUCGUGAACAAGGAAUGGAUCGUCACUGCUGCACAUUGCGUCUCCAACCCCGUUGGCAUGGGAGUGAUCGCCGGUCUCCACAAGCGCGCCGAGGUCGAUGAGCGCACCCAGCACCGUCAAAUUGACUUUGGUCGCGUCCAUGAGCAAUACACUGGCGGUGUGGGUCCCUUCGACAUCGCCGUCCUGCACGUCAGCGAACCCUUCGAGUUCAACGAGUGGGUCAGCCCAGCUGCCCUGCCCAGCCGCGAGGAAAUCCACGAGGGCGAGACCCACCUGUACGGUUGGGGCCAGCCAAAAUCCUACAUAUUCUCGGGUGCCAAGACUCUGAUGACCCUUACCACACAGAUUCUGAACUACGAAGAGUGCAAGGCUGUGUUGCCCGAGGAUGCCCCCCUGGCUCCAUCCAAUGUCUGCUCCGAUUCCCUGCAGCAAAGCAAAUCUGCCUGCAAUGGCGACUCCGGCGGCCCCCUGGUCGUCGAGCGGAAGAAUGCUCCCUCUGAACUGAUUGGAGUCGUUUCCUGGGGCUACUUCCCCUGCGGCUUGGCCAACCAGCCCUCAGUCUAUACCAGAGUUUCCGCCUACAUCGACUGGAUCGUCAAGAUCCAGAAUGCCUACUACGUUCUUAACUAAUUUGUUGU